AUGGAAGAUGAAGCCUAUUUUUUUCCAGCUGGUAAUAUAAACACUGGAAUACAAAAAGAACAGUGUUUUGUAACAACAAAUCAUUCAUACGAUUAUGAUAACAAUGCUGUCCCAACAAAAAAUUCAUCAUUAAAAUAUCGUCGUAUUAAUAAUCCAUCAAAAUCAUCGUCAAAUUCAAAAACUUUAAACCAUGAGCAUGAUGGUACAUCUCUCUCAUCGGAUUCGGGUUGUUGGUCAGACGAAUUCUUAAUGAAUUUUUGUGAACCCUGUGAUAAAAUUGUGAUUAAUAUAAGCGGUUUAAGAUUUGAAACACGUUCAUCAACAUUAAAUCGUUAUCCAUCGACACUGUUAGGUAAUACAAAUAGACGUUCAAUGUAUUUUGAUUUUCAUUCGAAUGAAUAUUUUUUUGAACGACAUCGUAGUUCAUUUGAAUCCGUCUUAUAUUUUUAUCAAUCACAAGGAAGAUUAAUACGACCGGAUAAUGUACCAUCAGAAAUAUUUUUAGAAGAAAUUAAAUUUUUUGAUCUUGGUGAAGAAGUUUUAAAGCGUUAUCGUAAACAAGAAGGCUAUAUUGAAGAAAAACAAAUUGAACGACCUAGUAAUCGUUAUCAACAUGCUAUUUGGCAAGUUUUUGAAUGCCCAGAAUCAUCACAUUUAGCUCGUAUUGUAGCUAUAAUUAGCAUUGUUAUGAUUACUGUUUCAAUAGCUACAUUUAUCAUAGAAACAUUACCUUUUAUAAGAAAUGAUCAUAUUGUGACGCCUAUAAGAAAUACAACAUUAAAUCCAAACAACGAACCUGCAAUUGUUCAAUCAGAAACACGUUAUUUUUGGAUAUUUUUUGGUAUAGAAACAGUUUGCGUUACAUGGUUUUGUUUCGAAGUCAUAUGUCGAUUUCUCGUUGCGCCGUCAAAAAUAGCAUUUCUUAAAAAUGCUCCUAAUAUCAUUGACAUUGUAUCGAUUAUACCCUAUUUUCUUCAAUUAGUCGGUUUAAUUUAUCAGAAAAAAGACAGUAGCGGUCUACAAGUGUUGGCACUCACAUUUUUGGCAUCAUGGAAAGAACUAUUACUUGGAGUUUCAAAUAAGUCACAACAGGCUGGUUCAACGUCGGUUAAUCCAGAUCAACCACCAAAUCAAUUUUUAUCUAUUCCACAUUCAUUUUGGUUUGCAAUUAUCACAAUGACAACAGUUGGCUACGGCGAUAUUGUACCUCGAACGAAUAUCGGCAAAGUGAUAGGCGCAGCAUGUGCACUGACCGGUGUCUUAACUAUCGCGUUGCCGGUUCCUAUCAUUGUUUCUAACUUCACCUAUUUCUAUCAACGACAAUUGGAAGACAAUGAAAGACAGUACCAGGCGAAAAAAGGACCGCUGCAAGCAAAUGUAAAAAAACUUGGUUUUUCGGAGAGAGAAAAGGGUCCGGAAUUAAAUGAAUGGGAAUUAGCCGCUGAACCAGAUUAUCAUGAUUACCGUGAAAUAACACACGCUGUCACGAAAAAACUUGUUCGAAAUUCUUAUUUUAAAGCAUUUCGUGGUUCAAAACGACUCACACAAUCAUCAGCGAUAAAUAGUCCUAGCCAUAAUUAUCAGACAUUAAAUCAAACAACAUUUGCUUCACCACCAAACAAUGGUUCAAAUGCCUAUAUACAUCAUCACCAUCAACACCACCCAUUUCAGGGUGUCAACCGCUCAGCAGCAGCCGUACCAACAGAUAACAGACUAAAUCACUAUCCAAUUUAUGAGAAGAGUGCCUUAGAGACAACACGUCUUUUGAGGUAG